AUGGAUGCCUUUGAUCACGAUUUAAGCUUUGAGGGAGAGGGGUUAUUCAAUAGGGACGAUGUGAAUACUUCUGGCCUUCCUCCAUUACCCUUCACGCCCUCGUACGAGCUCUCUGACGCCUUCUCGACCACCUUUGAAGACCCGUUUUCCUACCAAUCUAACACGGACUUCUCUUCGAUCCUGGAGGAUAACAAUACGCAUCCGCACAAUGAGUCCUCGCAUAAUACCGUAGACCCCGAUAAUAAGCUCCUUGGCUUUGGAGUAACCAACGUCAAAGCUCCUAUAUUCGACGAUGCGGGUCACACAUGGCCUGCAAUGACGGCGGAACUGUAUGGCAUGUUCUUCGUCGCUGAGGAUGUAUUUGGAGAUAACAAUACGAAUGCGAAUCGACCUUUGGAAUUGACUUGCUACCGGCGGAAUCUCUUUCAAAUCAGCGGGACUGUGACCCUGAGUCGAGGCAUCAAGAGUAUGGUCAACGAACACGGACAGCAGGUCCCGCUAUAUGACAUGAUGGCCACAAUCAGCGCAUUGGAAAGUAUAGAAGGGAAGAGCACAGAAAUAAUCUCGGUUCCAUGGAAAACUUCCACAGGAACCUCAUCGGAGGAUAAAGCUGGAGCUGCACCUCCACAGUGGCCGCUAGAUUUAAGCAUGAAUCCAGAGCUUGAUCCCAGCGUAGUUUCGAUCCCAAUCGCAUGGAAGAGACUCCAAUUCAAGCACGCGACCGCCAACAACGGUAGGAGGAAAGGCUUGCAACAGCAUUAUGUGAUUCAGAUCAAUAUUAUGGCCACUCUGGCGACAGGAGAGACGGUGAAGCUUGCAGAGAUUCGGAGCGGCCCAAUUAUCGUGCGCGGAAGAAGUCCUAGGAAUUUUGAUAGUAGGAAAGAUGUUCCGCUAAGUGAGAAGAAGUUGGAUUCGAAACCGAGGACAAUGAGUGAUGCCGGUGUCUCAGCGCCACAAGUCAAAGUUGAUCCGGGAGUUGCGAAUAGCUCGUAUCGCUUUUAUGCACUUAAUGCUUUGCAGCAGCAACCACUUGACCUGCCAGACUGGACUAAUAACCCUCUUGCAACCCUAUCUACAUCCGAGAUACAUGCUCGACAAGCCAAGAGACCUACGUUAACAAAUCAAUCCUCCUCAGCUUCAAAUCCACCGAGGCCACCAGUCCCCAAAGCACGCUGGAAGUCGGAAAGUGUGCCCACCAAGUCCUCUCAAGCUACUGCCCCAAUCGAUCUUUCUUUAGCGGACGACGAAUACGGGAAAGCACAUCCAGGAGGACAUCUUAGGCCAGGCGAACCCGCAAGUCCAGUGAUCGACAGAGAUAGACUAGGCAAGAAGGGAGUCGGUAGUCCGGUUGAGAAUGCGGAUUUGUUGUACGAGUAUUUUCCGCUGAGUUUGGACGAUUGGAUGCCUCCUGUUGAUGCAAUUUAUCGACCUCAUGUCGUUCAUCAUACCAUUGUCCCGCCGGAUCUGAAAGCAGCGCAGGUGAAGAACAAGACGAAACGAUACUUUUCUGCCGAUGAUUAG